UACGUCACAGCACCAACCGAGGCACGUUUACAGUCCCGCACGAGGAGAACGUCAACACAGCUCGUGAAAUAAGGUAACAUGGCAAAGAACAAACAGAAAGGGAAAAAACCGAAGAACGUCUUUCAAGUUGCUAACAAGCAUUUGAAGAUCAAGAACAAAGCGAAACCCGUCACAACAGCUCUCAAACAUAUCGGUGCAGUGAAAAGUGAUAAGGUGGAGAGCUUAAACGAAGUAUUCACAGAAGUCCAGAGGGAUGUGAAGAGCGUGUCCAAGUCUGUUGCUCCUGAACCCAAGAAACACACACAGGUUCUCCGAGAGCCGCCAAAGGAAUCGGUGAAUGUUGAUAAUGCCACUGAACUUUUCUCUCAGCUUUAAUGGAGCAAAAUGGAC